AUGAAAGCUGGGUUGGGUAGAAACCCCUCUUUUACUUGGAGGGGGAUUUGGGAGGCCCGAAAAUGGUUAGAAGCGGGGUGUAGGUGGCGGAUAGGGAAUGGAAGGACUGUUCACAUAUGGCAAGAUCAGUGGAUUCCGGGGCAUAUUUCUUUAGUGGCAGAAGGGGUUAGGGGAUGUGAGGGAUUAAACCCGCCUUUGGUUGAUUCCUUAUUUGUUGAUAAUGUUAGAAUGUGGGAUAUUCAAAAGUUAAGAUCUCUCUUCAAUCCAAGUUUAGUCUCCGAUAUCCUAAAAAUUCCUCUAUGUUCUGAUAAUGUGGAAGAUAGGAGGGUUUGGGCUCAUGAACGAAAUGGGGAAUUUAGUGUGCGUAGCUGCUAUAGAUUUAUCUCCUCCCAGGCUGGCCCUCAAAUUGCCGAAUCUUCCAACAUGCAAGCACAGCAGAAAUUCUGGAAGCAUUUGUGGAAGAUGAAAGUGCCUAACAAGCUAAAAAUUUUUGCAUGGCAUGCAUGCAAAGAUAGCCUACCAACUGCAGUGAAUUUAGUAAAGAGAAAGGUCAUACCGAAUGCAACUUGCAGGAUGUGUUUAUCAGAAGAGGAAAAUAUUGCUCAUGCCAUUUUUCAUUGUGGGGCUGUGCAAGACUUAUGGAGGUAUUAUCUCCCUGAGUUAAUAAGGGAUAAGCAGAUGUCUUUGGUGGAUUUGGCCAUGCAACUUUGUGAAAGAAAUAUGGCUGGAAAAAUGUGCACGUUUUUUGCUUUGGCGUGGGGAUUAUGGUACCGCAGGAAUAAAUUUGUGAAUGAUCAGAUUCUGUUAGGGACUGCCAGUGUUGCUGAGAGUGUUCAUGUCCUGUUGAGAAGCCAUGCUCAAGUCAGUAUAAAGAUAAGAAGUGAGAUCCUGAAGUUUUACAAGUGGAAUCCACCUUCGGCUGGAAGUCUGAAACUCAAUGUGGAUGCUGCUACUUUUCCUGGGUGGGAUAAAGCUGGAGUAGGGGCUGUGCUGCGAGAUGAGAAAGGCAGAAUUUUGAUGGCCUUUAGCCGUGCAGAAAUUCUUUUGAAAGGAUCCGAAAGUUUAGAGCUUCUAGCCAUAUUUAGAGGAAUGCAACAAUGUGUUACGAUGGGUGUUUCCCAUCUGGUUGUGGAAAGUGACAGCUUACUAAGUAUUGACGCCCUAAAUGAUGAUAGCAUGACAAAUUCUUUGUUGGGAGUGAUUUAUUACGAGAUAAAGAAGCUGGCCAGUUGCUUUGUUUUAUGUUUAUUUUCUCAUGUAUACCGGGAAGGCAACAGGGUAGCUCAUAAAUUAGCUAGAAAUGCUUGUAAGGUUGAUAGUAUGGAGGUUUGGUGGAAUAGUAUUCCAGACUGUAUUUCUCAAACUGUAUGGUUUGAUGAGUGUCUGUAA